AUGUCUUCCGACUUCCAGCUGCUUUCCUCGAUACGCUACGAUUCCUCGCUCCGCGACCUCGCGUGGAACACCGCAGCCAACGACGGCGCGCCGUCCUCGUAUCUUCUCCUGCGGUAUCAUUACGACAGGCUGCGUGAUGCAGCACAGGAACACGGAUGGGCCGCUGCACAGGAUGUGACAUAUAACAAUCUGGCACGCGCGUGCGACGAGGCAGUACGCAUUGCGUUCCGCGAUAACUCGCUAAACGAUACGCCGCUGAAGUUACGCAUUCUGCUGAACCAUACAGGCAUGUUCGCAGUAUCUGCCUCUCCUGCAGCGUCCUUGAACGGCCCGGAUCCAACGUCGAUCUCUCUCAUAACACUGAAUGGUGAUGGUGCAAUCCUCGAAGAUGCAGCAUCGACUAUCCUCGGAUCGCUCCUGACGAUCCAUCUCGACACCUCCCCCACGCCGUCUUCUCUCUUCACUCGCACGAAGACGACUCAUCGACCGCAGUACACUGCGGCCCGCACACGCAUGGGUAUCCCACCUCUUCCUACACCGACCAACGAGGAUGUCCUUAUGUACACACCCUCCGGCGAGCUCACAGAGACCUCCAUACGUAAUAUCGCGUUUCUGCGCCAUACGCCGCCUCAAUGGGUCACUCCUCGCGCGAGCAUCGGCUGUCUUUCCGGGGUUAUGCGACGCUGGUUGCUUGAACAAGGAAGAAUUGUCGAGGCUUCCGAAGGCGAGCUUACUAAGGACGAAGUCGUGGAUGGGGAGUAUGUCAUGACUUUCAAUGGUGUCGAGGGAUGUAGAUUAGGUCGUGUCACCCUUGCCUCGUGCUAA